AUGGGUACCACUUGGAGUGUCGACGAGACUGCGGUAGCAAUCAUCCUGGAUAUGUGGGGUGUCGAAUACAAGACAAUUGCCGCGGUGCUAACGAAUAAGAGAGCUUGGGUGCGGGGUGUCCAGGAAGGUGCUGUGGCUGGAAUACCGGCAACUACACCUGAAUACGAACGUACAAAGUCCUCCGUUGCGAGCAAAUUGGACCGUAUGCGUCACACACACCCGGAGCUUUGGAGCGAAGAACUUGGUCAGUGGAAUAGGGAAGCCGUGUGCCGCUUUCUCUCUGAAAACCGUAUCGAUCAUGGCCUUCUCGACUACCUCCUGAGUCUCACAGUUGCCGAACUUGCGAUGAUAAAGAGAUCAAAUAGUCUAGCCGCUGUCGACUUCUACACUGCGAAUGCAAUCACUUCAUCAUGGGCGGGCAUCCAACAACGUGUUAUUGUUGAGCUUCUCCGGGAGAGAAACUUCUCUCGUACCGAGGUCGCUGUUUCUUCUAUGCUACAAGCAAUACAGAAAAGUACCGGGCUUUUAAAGAGACUAAGGAGGGAGAAGUUGGACGCAUUGGUUAGGGACCUGCUUGCUGGCGAUAACAUGGACGUCCUUCUCUUACCCACUGUUGAAGAUCAAAUGAUCGUGGACCGAACCCACAAGAACAUUGAUCUUUUAGAGCAUUAUCUGGAAUGGAGCCAGCGCACUCAUGAUAAUUCCCUCUAG